AUGCUGGUAGGAACGGAUUAUGACGACCGCUGGACUCGUGGGGCGAUUCCCACACUUUGCGUGUUUGCGGUUCCUUUUUGCCUUAUCGCCUGCUCGAUUAUGCUGCCAGCCAACGGUGCGCCCGCGGUGCCGGCGAAAGAAAUGCUCGAUUUUAUGCGCCGCUUCGGGUAUCUAGAGAAAGGGCCGACGCAAGCCGAAGCCCUGUACAGCGCAGAGGCGAUCGUGGACGCCAUCCGGCACGUGCAGAAGUUCGGGAACUUGCCCCAAACCGGCGUCCUGGAUCGUCGCACUCUACAGCUAAUGUCCGCGCCACGGUGCGGCGUGGUCGACGUGAUGCAGCACGAUCAAUCAUUGCGCCAUCGGCGAUACGUGAUCGGUUCGGAGAGCUGGCGGAAGCGGCGCAUAACGUACUUCAUAGCGAAUUGGUCGAGCAAGGUCGGCGAAGAGUCGGUGGCCAGGUUUAUGGCCAAAGCGUUCGGCGAGUGGAGCAAGUACAGCAAUCUGCGUUUCGUGCGAGUUUACGACCCAUCGGCGGACAUCAUAGUCGGUUUUGGUAGCGGUCAUCAUGGCGACAAUUACCCGUUCGAUGGUCCGGGCAAUAUACUGGCCCACGCCUUCUAUCCGUACGAGAUGAACGCUUACGGCGGUGACAUCCACUUUGACGAAGACGAGAAUUGGAAGGAAAACUCGACGCACCUUAGUGAGGGGGUUGAUUUCUACUCGGUGGCCAUUCACGAGCUGGGUCAUUCGCUGGGUCUUGCGCAUUCGCCCGUCUACUCGUCGCUAAUGUUCCCGUACUACAAAGGCAUCACGCAAGGGACGCUCGACUAUGACGACAUUCUGGCCAUGUACCAACUGUACAUACAAAACCGACACAUAACGGAGGAUCCUGACUGGCUGUACACCACGGAAAUGACUCCGGAGAUCACGGAGGGAAUCACUGUAACGCCUGCCCCUCGACUGCCAGAUCUGGAGGUCGAGGCCGAUGGACACGUCCCAUCCAGUAGCACCACCGAGGUGUACAACGUUCCGAUCACAUACGUCGGGGACUACGAGACGGUUGACGAUCACAUUAUUCGCCAUCAUUCGCCGCCACCGAUUACGCAGGCACCGGAACCCCACCCGAUUCCGGACAUCUGUAGCGGCAGUUUCGAUGCGAUCGGUUUGUUGCGUGGAGAAGUGUUUAUUUUCAAAGGACCAUACCUGUGGCGGCUGACCGAAAAGUAUCGCAUAAAGGAAGGCUAUCCGGUGCAGAUUUGGCAAGUGUUCCGUGGUUUCCCCCAAACGGUCACUCACAUUGACGCAGUGUACGAGCGCUUGGACGAUAAUGCGAUCGUCCUGUUUUCCGGUCGCUAUUACUGGGUGUUCGAUGCACUGAACUAUCUCCAGCCGGAAGUGCGUCCCAUAACGGAUUUUGGAUUGCCGGAGGAUCUCAAACGCCUCGAUGCGGCCUUGGUCUGGUCCAAAAAUGACAAAACAUACUUCUUCGCGGGUGAUCAGUUCUGGCGGUACAAUGAUACGGCCGGCGAGAUGGAUGAAGGCUACCCGUUGUCGAUGGAUCGGUGGUUUGGCAUUCCGAGCAAUAUUGACGGCGCGACUGCAGUUGCUAGUGGCAAAACUUACUUUUUCAAAGGCAACUUCUAUUGGCUGUACAACGAUCAACGAGUUCGCCCAGAACGCGGAUACCCUCGAAGGACAGGACAGAUUUGGCUUGGUUGUAGAUAAACAUCAUGGCUGAAUGGGCUGAUGAAUAAAAAGACAGAUUAAAUUAAUUAUUAGUAGCUAUUGCAUGCAUUUGAAAAUAGUUCUUAAUUUUAACACCAAAGCAAACUGCCAGUAUAAAUAAGUUUUCAGUUUUCUAUCAAUUACUUUUAAAUAUA